AUUGCCAAUGCACGCAAUCGAUACUUCCUAGCAUAUGCCUGGAAAGCCACACUCUACUGCUUUUGCUAGUAGACGUUGAGUAUCCGUGAAAUGAUUCCCUCACAAAACUUCUCUAGACACUCUAAUACAGUUGAUCUGACUAGCUUUAAGUACUCAUCUAUCGAAUCUGCAGCAGAUCCAUAUGUUAUUAAGCACACAACCACGGUGCACUUUGGUAGGGGCGAUAGACCAAGCCAACCUAGGGCAUAUUCUAUUUGGGUGAAAUACGGAGAAUAUUCACCUAAUCUAUGCACAAUUUCAUACAUAUUUUUUUAAAUCUUAAAUUUAAUCUGAUAUAAAAAGAGGCUGCCGAGGCUACCGCGCGCUGUAGUACUGUGGCAGUGCCACGUGACCUUGGCGUCUAGCAGGCCACGGUCAGAACUCGAAGGAAAGCAACGAAUCACCGUCGUCCCGCUGCGGGCCCACCACGACGACCGCGCAUUUAUUGCUACACGCGGCUGCCCCUGCGGCCUGCCUGCCCCUUUCCUUUUCCGUUUCCCAUGUCCAUUGGCGCCACGCCUCUGUUUUACCCCGUUUAGAGGCUGACAUCCCAGGCUUAUCCGCCGCUGCGCCACGCCGUACUCGUCCCCGUUAAACAGCGCCGCACGGUUGCGGCAGUGGUUGCCCGAGCGAAUCCACGCGUCCGCCCGUUUCGCUCGUUGUCUCCGGGGUAGGGGGGCCGCUCCAGCGCCGAACGGAAAUCCCCAUCAGCACUGGCCACUCCCGAUCCCCCGUCCCGGCGUCCCCCCAAUCCCUCUCCCUGCAAAAGGCCACCGCGACGCGACCGCGUACGGGAGGUGAGCCGCGAGUGCAGUGCAGUGCAGGCAGGCAGGCCGAGAGAAGAGUCGGCAGGAAGCAACCGAGACCGCGAGGAAGCAGCGAGCUGCACUGCAGCGGCGCAGAGAAAAAAAAAAGAAAUUCUGGAAUAGUUUUUUUCUUCCCUUUGGCUCCGUGAGGUUCCUGUGCUUGCUCGCUCGCUCGCCUGAGCUUCGAUCGAGCCGUACGCGGGCCGUCGGGAGCUCAAUCACCGCUCUCCGGGAGCUUCCGAGGGCCGUCGGAUGGAGCCGUACGCGGCGACGAAGGGCGGCGAGUCCGACGCCGGCACCGGCCUGGAAGGUACGCGUGCCGCCCGGCCCGACCUCCUUCGCGCAAUUGGGGUCUCGCCGCUUCCGUGGGGGUUUCGCCGCUUCGCUUUUGCCCGCUCACUCGCUAGGGUUUUAGAUCUCCCAUGCGACUGCUUGGUCCCCGCGCUUGCUAACCGUAGUUUUGGCGUGGAUGCUUUCGCAGAGUCGAUGCGGAAGCUGGGGCUCGGCGAGGACGACGAAGCGGGGGAGGAGAAGCUUCCGGAGCGGCCGGGCGAGGCGGACUGCACCUACUACCUCCGCACUGGCGCCUGCGGCUACGGGGAGCGCUGCCGCUACAACCACCCCCGGGAUCGGCCGGCUCCGGUUAAUGGCGUUGGGAAGACCACAGGUAUGGAGUACCCAGAGCGCCCUGGACAGCCACUCUGUGAGUACUAUGCAAAGAAUGGCACAUGCAAAUUUGGUUCCAAUUGCAAGUUUGAUCAUCCCAGGGAAAGUGGUUUUGUACCUGUCGCUUUAAACAACAGUGGAUUCCCUCUACGUCUGGGUGAAAAGGAAUGUUCGUAUUACAUGAAAACUGGACAUUGCAAAUUUGGAGGUACAUGUAAAUUCCAUCACCCAGAACUUGGUUUUCUUACAGAGACGCCUGGCAUGUACCCACCAGUUCAACCAUCACCUAUUUCCUCCCCACAUCCAUAUCCACAUCAUUCCAACUGGCAAAUGGGGAGGCCUGCUGUUGUGCCAGGGUCAUUUUUACCAGGCCCAUAUCCACCAAUGAUGCUUCCACCUACAGUUAUGCCAAUGCAGGGAUGGAACCCUUAUGUUUCACCUAUGAACCAAACUACACCAGCUGGGGGCCAGCAAGCUGUUCCAGCAGGGCCAUCUUAUGGCUUGUCGCACCAGGAGCCAACCUCUGCAGUGACUUAUGGCAGUCAUUAUGCGCAAUUGUAUUCUUCUUCUGGGACUUCAAGCAGCAACAUACAAGAAUAUGUGUUUCCAGAGCGGCCUGGGCAGCCUGAAUGUGAACAUUACAUGAAGACAGGAACCUGUAAAUAUGGAGCAGCCUGCAAAUAUCAUCAUCCUCAAUACUUCAGUGGACCAAAGUCUAACUGUAUACUGAGCCCUCUGGGUCUUCCCCUGCGUCCUGGUUCUCAGCGAUGUGCUUACUACGCACACCAUGGCUUUUGCAAGUUUGGGCCGACAUGCAAGUUUGAUCACCCGAUGGGUACUCCAAACUACAGUCUUCCAGCACCAUCACUUACUGAUGUGCCAGUCGCUCCAUAUCCUCACACUUUCUCUGUUACUCCUAUUGCUCCAUAUCUGCUGCCCCCUGAUCCGCGGCCGCAAUACACUCUAGCCAAGGAUCCCUCUGCUUAUCCACCACAAGCGCCCGGAACUACGUACGGACCUGUUGGGGCGAUAUCAAAGGUUUAUGCCCGCCACACGCUUAUCCGAUCCCCGACUUCUGGAGCUGCUGGCAUGCAAGCGUCGUAAUGAGACAAGAGUUGAGAGCACUAGUCCCCUCUCUGUCAUGAAGAUAGAUCUUGGGCAAACCUUCUCAGGAUUUUUCUGCCAUAGGUGGAAUGGGGUCUCGGAUUCUUUUUUUUUUGCUCCAAUUCGACUUCCCAUCAACUGUGAAUAACGGCCGCAGCUGACAUAGAAAGGUCUCAAUAAAUGGAAAGAUAGGGAUUGGCAAGCUCAUUCACUUGCCAUUUUUCUGUCCAUCUCUGAAACGAGAGGAGGUAAUUCUGACUGUAGUCGGAUUCAGAGCUCCGUUAUUAUCUCGUGUAACGUGCACAAUUGCAGGGGAUUCGAAUGGGAAAGCUGAUGGGUUCCAUAGCUCUAGCCCAAAUCUUUUGUUUAUCUCGUCAUCUUAUUACAUAUAUGAUAUGAUGUGUAUACCCCGUCGGAACAGCAACAUGUAUAUCUAUCUAUAUAUAUUACUCUAAACUCAUGUUACUGUUUAUUGGGCGUGAAUUAUUCGACUGAUUGCCCAUCCUAGAUUGAA